AUGGCGGGAAAACGAAUACUUUGCGCCUUCGGUGUGGACCUCGACGCCGUAGGCGGAUGGCUGGGCUCAUACGGUGGCGAAGACUCUCCCGAUGACAUUUCGCGGGGAUUGUUCGCAGGCGAGGUGGGCACCCCAAGGCUCGUCAGAAUGUUCGACCGCCUGGGCAUCAGGACCACCUGGUUCAUUCCCGGACAUUCGGCAGAGACCUUUCCUGAUGAAUGCCGGAUGAUUGUCGACGCCGGCCAUGAGAUAGGCCUACACGGCUACUCCCAUGAAAAUCCCAUCUCAAUGUCGCCGGACCAGGAGGAAGCGGUGCUUCUACGCUGCAUUGAGGUGCUCUCCAAAUUGGCAGGCACGCCCCCCACGGGCUACGUGGCCCCGUGGUGGGAAUUCAGCCACGUAACUAACGAACUGCUACUCAAGCACGGCAUUAAGUACGAUCACAGCCUGAUGCACAAGGACUUCGAGUGCUAUUACGUGCGCGUAGGCGACCAUUGGACCAAGAUCGACUAUUCUCAGCCGGCUGAUGUCUGGAUGCACGCACUGGAGAGAGGUGUAGAGACCAAUCUGGUUGAGAUCCCCGCCAACUGGUACCUGGAUGACCUGCCUCCAAUGAUGUUCAUCAAGAAGUCGCCCAACAGUCACGGAUUCGUCAAUCCGAGAGACAUCGAGUCGAUGUGGAGGGACCAGUUCGACUACGUUUACAGGGAAUACGACGACGCGAUCUUCCCUAUCACCAUCCACCCUGAUGUUAGCGGGCGACCCCAGGUCAUCCUGAUGCUGGAACGGCUCACCGAGUACAUAACCUCUCACGACGGCGUGCAGUUCCUAACCUUCAACGAAAUUGCCGACGACUUUCUAGCGAAACACCCUAGAGCGGAGUGA